AUGGUCUACUACUUCACCUCCACGACCGUCCAGCCCCCAGCCUUCAUCUACGUCGGCAAAGACAAAUACGAAAAUGAGGACCUCAUCAAAUACGGCUGGGAACAAGACGUCUGGUUCCACGUCGACAAGCUCUCCAGCGCGCACGUCUACCUCCGCAUGCACGACGGCCAAGCGUGGGACGCCCUCCCCGACCAUCUCCUCACGGACCUGGCGCAGCUGACCAAGGCGAAUUCCAUCGAGGGCAAUAAAAAGGACAACGUGGCCGUGAUAUACACCCCCUGGGCGAACCUCAAAAAGGACGGCUCCAUGGACGUCGGCCAGGUGUGCUUCAAGGACCCCCGCCAAGUGAGGCGCGUGCUUGUCCCCGCGCGCGAGAACCCCAUCGUCAACAGGCUCAACAAGACAAAGGUGGAGAGGAAGCCUGAUCUGAAGCACGAGCGGGACGAGAUGCUGAAGGAGCUGAGGAGGAGGGAGAACGAGGCGCAGACAGCCAGGAAAAAAGAAGAAGCCAAGCAGGCGCAAGAGUGGAAAGAAAGGAAAUGGCAAAAGGACCAUGCGUACGAUGACAUUUUUACCGAGGAGAACAUGGCCGCCACGAGUAAUCAACAUAGGGACGCCAGCUGGGAGGACGACUUUAUGUAG